ACACAAAAAAUAGAACAAAACAAAGUAACCACUCCAAAAAUUAUAAGCCAUUGUUAGAAAAUUGAAGAUCAUAUUUCUUCUACGCCAAGCUUCAAGUUUCAAACCAAAAGCCAGAUGGAGGAAGAGGAAGACAUUUCUUCACCCUUCUGGCUGCAAAACAGCAGCACCAACCGCCGCCGUCUCCGCCGCUCAUACUCUAUAUUCGUCAGCUCCGGCACGGUUGUUAUAAUCCUUCUAGUAAUUACACUUGCAUUCAUCUUAGUCAUAGUUCCUACAUUGCAUUCUUUCAUUUCCCACAUUUUCAAACCAAAUUCUGUGAAAAAGAGUUGGGAUUCUCUCAACCUUUUGCUUGUUCUCUUUGCCAUCUUUUGUGGCUUCCUUAGCAAAAAUAAUAACAACAGCGAAAGUCCGCGUUCCUAUGAAAAUCAAACCUUUUCAAACACAAACACACGACAAGAGUACGAGAAACCAAACUCAGAAACAGAAACACAACCACCUCCUUGGUAUGAGUACUCAGAAGAUAGAACUCCAUAUAACAGGUUGAGGAGUUUCAAUUCCUACCCGGAUCUCAGGCAAGAAUCUUGGUGGGUCACUGGAGAUGAACGAUGGCGAUUUAGCGAUGAUACUCGGGUUAAUGGUUAUAACCGUGGAUUGGACUUAAACUUGAAAGAAGAAAAAGAAGAAACAGGCAUCAAGAGUGUUGAAUUGAAUACAUCUUUGAAAGGAAAGAACAAGAAGAAGCAAACAUUAGAAACACAAGUGAACACAUCUUUGAAAGGUAAGAACAAGAAGAAGCAAGAAUUAGAAACACAUCAAUCUGAUACGAUUGAGAAAAUGAAAAAUAUCAAUGUGGCAGAAAGAAAGAAUAAAAAGGAAAGUGCAACAAAGGAAGAGAAAACGUAUCAAUCUUUGAAAGGAAAGAAAAAGAAGAAGCAGCAUAAGCAUAAAAGCGUUGAAAAUUUUCAAAGCCUUGUGAAUUCUGAACCUCCUACUACUAUGCAUUCUUCUUCAUCUUUUGAUGAUUUCUUCUAUUCCAAGAAAAACAAACAGAAGAAACAUAAGUCUGUUUCACCGCCACAACAUCAUGUUUCAUCCACGAUUGUGUCAAAAAUAAAAGAUGAGGAUUUUUCUGUGACUAUCGGCAAUGAGUCGCCUUUGACCUCAAUACCUCCACCACCUCCUCCACCACCACCAUUCAAGAUGCCGGCGUGGAAGUUUAAGGUACAGGGCGACUUUGUUAGAAUAGAUAGUAUUAGUAGUACAAGUAGUGGUUUGGCAGAUAUAGAUGAUGAUGAAGUAUUGGAGUUAGCAGAACCUGGAAUUGAUCUAUUGGUGUAUCCCAAUACCAACCCAGAUGUUGAUAACAAAGCUGGUAGUUUUAUUGAAAGCUUCAGGGCUGGUUUAAGGGAGGAGAAAAUGAAUUUCAUGAAGAGUCAAGGGAUAGGGGACUCUAAUCUCUAUAAUAACCCCACCAUCACCAAAAGCAAUAACAAAAGAAGAAAUUAAAAACAUUGUGCUAAGUCCUUUUUAAUUGUUUUGUUUUUUAAGUGAAUUGUUUUGUUCAAAUUCUUGCCAGCAUAUAUACAACUCUUGAUUUUCUUUUUAGUAUGUAAAUAUUGUGAUUGUUCAAUUUUGAAUGUUGAUUAUGCUUAUUAGUAUGUUAUUAACUUAUACACAAUACUUAUUUUGUUUCAUCAUUACAAUUCUAAAAACAUAUGAAUAUUAUUUUAGAAUGUAAUCGUUUACUC